CAGUAAGAUAGUUCAAAAGCUCAAUGAACUCGAUUUAGUCGAAGCAAGUAAAGUAAAAGAGUUUCUCAAGCUAUUCAAACGGCAUUAUCAGUUAGUAGACAAACGAGAAGAAUUGGCGUCGAGCAAGCAUGGACAAUUGGAUGAAUAUAAAAGAAGUCUCACAGUUGGUAGACGAAAGUGUCUUGACGGAUACGGCACAAGCACCAACAGCAAAGGAUCUGAGGAAAAGGCAUCACAAGAAGGGAAAAGGUGGUAA